GGACUGAAGCCUCUCAGGAGUUCAGUACGGAAUUGACUCUAGCCACAGAAUGGUCGACGUAGUAGACCCCGGUGUGGUGAAGACCGGCGCAUACAAGUAUGAAGAUGGGACCCGUUACGUAGGAGAGUGGAACUCAAAGGGCCAGAAACAUGGUAUGGGGCACUUGGUGCUGCCAGAUGGCACGCGGUACGAUGGCGCACUGAACGGUGGACUCUGCUCCGGGCUCGGGGUUAUGGCGUUUCCUGAUGGUGCCAAAUACGAAGGUGAAUUUAUGCAAGGCUGGUUCCACGGACAUGGGGUGUUCUGGCGCGCAGACGGCAUGAAGUUUGAGGGGGAGUUCAGAGGCGGACGCGUUUGGGGGCUGGGAUUGGUGACCUUCAGCGAUGGUAGCAAUGGGUUCCCCCGUAACGAGGGGUUCUUCCAGGACUGCAGACUGGUGCGUCGCAAGCGAUGUCCAGAGGUCGUGCAACGUGCACAGAAGGUCGCUUACAUGGCCAGAGCACAGUGCCAACCUUUGUAACUUUGAAAUAUGUGUCCUACUGUCCGCGGGUGUCAUCCAAGAUAUUAGGUAUAUUGGUCACGUACAUAACUAGAGCUCAGGUUGAUUGCAGGGCUGAGGUUACUAAGGUUGGCAAUCCUUUGUAACUUGUGUCCCCGAGUUUCUUCCAAGAUUGCAACUGGUUCGUCGCAAGCGCUGCCCCGAGGUCUUGCAACGUGCACAGAAGGUCGCUUACAUGGCCAGAGCUGAGUGCCAACCUUUGUAACUUUGAAAUAUGUGUCCGACUGUCCGCGGGUGUCAUCCAAGAGAUUAUAUUGGUCGCGUACAUAACCAGAGCUCAGGUUGAUUGCAGGGCUGAGGUUACUAAUGUUGGCAAACCUUUGUAACUUGUGUCCCCGAGUUUCUUCCAAGAUUGCAACUGCUUCGUCGCAAGCGCUGUCCCGAAGUCUUGCAACGUGCACAGAAAGUCGCUUAUAUGGCCGGAGCUCAAUGCCACAGCCUUUAUAUCUUUAUAAUAUUGAUUAUAAUAAAUAAAAUUAUUUUCUAAUA